AAGGCAAACCUCAUCAUCGGCGGCGGGACACAUCAAACGAGAUCUUUCUCAUCAGGAGGCUUACGGGGGCGGAUUUAGGCCCAUGAUAGGGGGCCGUAGCAGCGUCGGCACGUACGUUUUUGGGCCGAAGUAUCUGAAAGUUACAUGGGCUUGAGCCUGCCACCAGCUCAUUAUCCACCAUGCAGCAGCCCAGGGUCCAGCGCGCGUCUGCCACUCCGGCCACCCACCACCGCACGCACCCGGCCUCCAGCUCUCCAACUCGACGCCGCCGGUCCCUUCCCUUCCCUCUGCCGGAUCCUCCACCCGCCGCUCCCCCCCACUCCUCGGUCUAGUGGUCUGGGAGUCGAUUGGAGAGGAGAUCCGUCCGGACGUGGAUUGAUUUCUUCCUUCGUUCGUCUCGGUACCCAAGGCGCCGUCUCAGUUUGUUCUCCAAAAUUUCAGGGAGAGUUCAAAACUGAAGCCGCAUGGACCACGUUGAGUCCGCCCCUGACUCGCCGGCGCAGGCGCCGCCGUCCUCCGCCUCGUCUCUUCCCAAGGAGCAAUCGCAGGUGGAGUUGGAGCUGAGGCUGCUUCAGGCUCUCGAGUUCUACCCCCCGUCAAAGCUAAAAGGCAUUCAUCGUCACUUUGUUCUCUAUGGCCUCAUGGAAUACUUGAGAAAAAGCCUUGACAGACAAUUCUCUGCUGAUGAAGUUUUGCAACUAUUGGACCGCUUCUUCAACCUAGAAAUGCUGAAACCAGAGGAUGAUGAGAAGGAUAACUUCAGUCAAGGGGAAGAGUUUUCCUUACCAGAUAGCUUUUUUAACAAGGAAGAAUGACAGCAAGUAACCGAUAACAUGCUUCGUAAUGUCACAGAAGGUAUUUUGAAGGUCCUUGGAACGAGAAACCAGAACGUGAGUCCGCUUGGAGUUCUUGUCCUUGGCGUCCCUUGCUGGCAAACACUAGAACUGAUGGAACACUUUUGAUCAGCUGUGUUAAGUGCCUACUGAUUUGUACAGCUUUUGUUGACUUAGGAUAUGCAGUCAAUUGAAUUACGCGGUAGGUUCGGUUUACCAUGCGUUUUCUACUAGCCUUGACGCCUUGUCUUGUCACACAGGCUUAUGUUGCCCUGAUGCUCGCUGAAAGGCAACGUUUAACACUAGAACUGGAGUAGUUUUUGUUUCUUAGGUUAACACUCGACGAAAGCAUACAGGAGCCCGUGCUAGGA